AUGGCUGCAUUGCCGGCCCCAGCCCCAUGGGCCCAUCGGUAUCCCCCGUGGCGCGGCGGCGUUUGUGCUUCGCCGGUUCAACGCUGCGACUGGCAGCCAGUGAGGAGUAGCAGGAGCCGCGUGCCCGGAGUUGCGCUGCAAACAGCAAGUCUUGCAUCGAGGGCGGCUACGCCGGCGACUCGAGCGAGCGCAGCACCGGCAACAGCUACAGGGCCGAGAGGGCCGACAGGGCCGGGCAGCGUGUGGGCCUUGUUGUUGGAGCUGGCAGAUUGUAGAUCCUGGAUGUUGCUGGCAGUGGGUUUGCUGCUGGUGGGCAGCAGCAAGACAGUGGGGUUUCUGGCUCCCUUUGCCUUGCGGAAAGCGGUGAAUUUCCUCAGUCGCAGGGAUUUGCAAGGCCUCACCUGGCUCUUGAUCUUCGCCUCACUGAAGGGUCUCACGCAAGCGCUGAACAACAGCAAGACGGCACCGCAGGCCUUCAUCGCACGUCCCAUGGGACGGCGGUUGUCCCAGCGUCUUCUGUCGAAGCUCUUGGCGCUGGAUUUGCAGUUCCACGCUCUCCGCCGCACCGGCGAAGUCUUGCGGAAGUUGGAGCGGCCUCCGCGGGCUGUCGAUACCUUACUGCGAGCCUUGCUGUUUACCUUGGUGCCCAUCGCCUAUGAAUCUAUGGUGGUUUUCUUUCUCCUACUGUCAAGAGCAGGCACCGAUGUAGCUGUCACUGUAUUGUGCACUGUCGUGACCUACUUUCUCUUCACGACCUGGAUGAGCGUUGGGUGGGUGGCGCGUGCGCGAAAGACGGAGAACAAGUUCGACGACGCGCAGGCGUCCGAGGCGAACGACGCGCUGUUGAACUGUGAGUCCGUCCGGCUGAUGACCUCCGCUCCCAGAGUGCUGAAACGUUUCGAUCGCUUGUGGUGGCAGCUUCAGAGGGGACAGACGCCCGGCCCCGAAACGGUCUCCACGGAUUGGGCGGGUAAAAAUGGUGAAAGGAUCUCCUCGGACCUGGCCGCAACUGCACUGGCGGGCGGGCAGCAGGCCAUUACCGCCAUGGGAAUGGGCAUCUCCCUGCUGCUCGUGGCGCGAAGGGUGGUGCUUGGAACCGCCUCAGUGGGAGAUGUUCCCAUGGUGCAAGGUUUGGUGUCCCAGCUAUGGGCUCCGCUGCAAUUCCUGGGUUUCUACAUCAGGCAGGCGCGACAGGCCUUGGUUGACUUGGAAGAUGCCCGGCUCUUGCUAUCACGGGAGGCUCCGCCUCUCGAGCUGGCCGAAGCAGCCGAAAGGCAUCCCAGUAUCGCAUUGCACAACCUGCCGCCCUGUUCUGCGGGCUGUCCAUUGGUUGAAUUCCGCAACGUGUGGUUCCGCUAUGAAGCGAAUUUGCCCUGGGUGCUGCAAGGUUUAUCCUUCAGUAUUCAGCCAGGGGAGUUCUUCGUGAUCGUUGGCCCCUCUGGCAGCGGCAAGAGCUCCUUGGGGCGCUUGGUUCCACGUCUCUUCGACACCUGCGACGGCAGCGUGUUGUUCAACGGCGUGGACGUGCGUCAUGUGCCCCUGACUGACCUUCGAGAACGCCUGGCCGUGGACGUGGUGGUGUUCAAUGCCACACUUCAGCAGAACUUGUCCAUUGCGAGACCAAAGGCCUCGUCUCAAGAGAUGAAGGAGGCCAUUCGUGCAAGCGGCCUGGAAAAAACCCUUCUCUCGGGCAGCAGCGGGUUGACCAUGCACUCAGUCGUGGGUGAGCGCGGUUUACGCCUCUCUGGUGGCGAGCGGCAGCGCUUGUCCUUCGCACGGGCCUUGCUGAGGGCACCUGAGACGGAGAGCGGGUUCAAUGGGGAUGACGGGGUGAAGGAGCUUCUGAUCCUUGAUGAGGCGACCAGUGCGUUGGACUCAGAGACGGGACAAUUCUUGCUGCACAGCUUGCAACAGCUGCGGCGCGCCAGCAGGAUGCCGGCCAUCCUGGCGAUAACACACCAGUUACAGAUGGCCAAAGUUGCAGAUCAGGUGCUGGUGCUCCAGGAUGGAACAGUGAAGGAGCGCGGUCGACACCAGGAGUUGGUGUCCAAAGGUGGCGAGUAUUGCAAGCUGCUGGCAGCCAGUAGCACGGCACCAGAGCGGAGCAGUGGCUUUCUGCAGGUCAAGCAGUCCAUGCAGAGCAUGCUAUCGAGGCUUCAAACUUUGACUCAGGCAAAUCGGGAUGUCCCAGAGUUAAGACAAGAGCUCUUGGGUUUGCAGACUGACUUGGCACAGGUGGCACCCAUGGCCUUGGCCGAGGUCUCCAGUGUGAACGAACUUCUGGCCGAGCUGCGACAAGUCUACAAAGAAUGCUUAGCAGAGGCAACCCUGGAAGCCUCCAGCUACAUGGGCCUGAACUUCAAUGUGGGCGAUUCAGUGGCCACUGGUCUGAAUCGCUUCUCUGCACCCCGGCUGCGCGUGCUGUUGGAGAAUGCUUUGCAGCGCGCUGGAAUCCAGUUGCAGAUCUUGAGGGAAGACCCCCUGGCCUGUAGGUUGCUGGAAGCCCUCAUACGAGCUGCAAGCAACAGUAUGGGGAUUGCAGCCUCCUACUUUGUGGAAGCAAGACUUUGUGCUUUGUCCAACGCGCGGCUGGGCGCCAAGAUUGCCGUGAACGGCUUGACGCGCUGGAUGAUCAGGAAUGGACAUUGGCAGCAGGAUGGCAUGGGUUCAUCCAAGGUCCUGGCAGAGCACACCCUGUGCUUGGCAGGUCUCUACUGGCAGUUCCUGCGGGGGGGCGUCGCCACGUUUCUGUACUCCUUCCUUUGGGGAAGUUGGGGCGUCAGCAGAACCGCCAUGCUGUUGUUAGGUCUGCCCUUGUUGCUGGAGUCCUGGAUCCAGGCCUCCAUUGCUGCCAAUCGUGCUGGCUUGAUGGAUGCCUAG